AUGAAGAUUUUCGAGCGAUUCCACACAUUGCUGUCGACCCUUUAUACCACCACACGUACCCUGCUCCAAUCCCCUCAUAUAAGCAAUGAAAUCACAGUUCAACCAAGCAGUUAUGUCUUCCCAGCAGAGUCAGAGCGCCAUGAAGCCACAAUAAUGGGGUUACCAUCUCGAUGUUCUCUACCCCCCGAUCAAUAUGAUGCUGUGUGCAAUGAGUUAGCUGAGCUAGCGGCGGCAAUCACUGAGUUUGAACCUGUUCGGCUGCACGUGAGACCCGAGGAAAUCCAAUUGGCCGAGUCUCUAGUCAAGACUUUCGUGAAAGACACAUCAAAGAUAUCUAUCAUUCCGUGUCCAAUCAACCACUGCUGGGUACGGGACACAGGCCCAGUAUACGUGCGCGACACGACAGGGACAUCCCCAAACCAACGCUUCGCAAUCAACUUCCGGUUCAACGAAUGGGGAGGAAAGAAACCCGAAGACGACGGAAUUUGCUGGGGUCAGCGAUGGCCCGUGAUGAACGAGAAGGCACUGCAGGAAAACGCGGAUUUUGCGCGGUGGGUAAUCGAACAUGACUGCGAGCCUAGCCCUGUUACGCAAGUUGAGACUUCGAUUCGCGCCGAGGGCGGUGCUCUCGUUACCGACGGUGAGGGAACCCUGCUUAUCACGGAGAGUAGCAUUGUAUGUGAUGUGCGCAACCCAGGGUUAUCCAAGGCCGAUAUUGAGGCGGAGUUAAAGCGGCUCCUCGGAAUUAAAAAAGUGAUAUGGUUCCCAGGGCGGCGCAAUGUCGAUAUUACCGACGUGCAUAUGGACGCUGAGGCAAGAUUCGUGCGCCCGGGUGUCAUCGCUUACUCAAAACCACAUACCAUUUCGCCUGACUUGUGGAAGGAGCUGUCUACAGAGAUCCUGGAGAUUUUGGACCGCGAGACAGAUGCUAAGGGUCGACACUUGCAAAUCCACACCAUCGAAGAACCCGACCCACGAGGCUUAGUGAAAUCAGAUCACGAUGAACUGUCGGCCAGUUAUGUGAAUUUCUAUUUUGUUAAUGGGGGUCUGAUAAUUCCUAAAUUCGGUGAUGAAGAAAGGGAUAAGAAAGCCCUGGAAAUGUUUCAGCAGUUGCUUCCUGAGCGUGUGGUUCGGCAGGUGUAUGCCAACGCUAUUCCCCUUACUGGGGGAGUAUUUCACUGCGUCACCCAGCAAGUUCCUGUGAAUUGA